AUUAGUCAUCUCCAUAGAUAUCUGGACCUAGAGAGUAGAUCUACCUACGGUAGCCCUGAGCUCUUGCUACAUCUCUUUUAGUAAUUAAAGCGCUGCCCUCCUUCUCACGUUUUCAGCGGCUGUAGUGAAACCAUUCAGAAACCCUCAAGCCAAACUGAGGAUGGGCAGGUUUCGUCGCCACUUCUGCGCAAGCUCUGUUUGAACCGCGCGUGCUCAGUACCAGUAAGGUGCUGCCUCUGCCCAGAGCCGCUUAGUCAGUCGAGCUGAGCGGUUGAGGCGUCGAAGGGAGCUGCUCCGCUAGCUGAGGGAGAAGAACGACGGACGGAGCUGUACGAUGGAGCCGCGGGCCUGCCCAGGACAGCGAACAGCCGGCGGCGGAGGCAGCAGCAGCAGCAGCAGCAGCGGCGGCCCUUGAAGGCGGGGAGGACGUGGGAGCCGCGGAGGCCGCCCCGGGAAAUGGCCACCGAGCCCUGGCGCUGUGCAAAAAGCAGGGAGGCCGAGCGGCUCCCUCGGGGCGUCAAGGUGGACGUACUUCCGAGCUCGGUAGCGACAACAUUGGCAGAGGACGGAGGCGAGGAGGGAGGGAAGGUCCGGCUCCUCAACGGCUGUGUGCCGCUCUCCCAUCAGGUGGCCGGGCACAUGUACGGGAAGGAUAAGGGCGGCAUUUUGCAGCAUCCUGACGGCACAGUCCUCAAACAAUUACAGCCACCACCUCGAGGGCCCAGAGAACUAGAGUUCUAUAACAAGGUGUAUGCUGCUGGCCGUGAAGACUCUGUGAUGCUAGAACUCCAAAAAUAUUUGCCAAAAUAUUAUGGAACCUGGUCACCACCUACUGCACCCAAUGAUUUGUACCUGAAACUGGAAGAUGUGACACACAGAUUUAAAAAGCCAUGUAUAAUGGAUGUAAAAAUAGGCCAGAAAAGCUAUGAUCCAUAUGCCUCUGCUGAGAAGAUUAAGCAACAGGUCAACAAGUACCCAUUAAUGGAAGAGAUUGGGUUCUUGGUGCUUGGCAUGAGGGUUUAUCACCCCCGUUCUGACAGCUAUGAGACACAGAACCAGCACUAUGGAAGAGGAUUAACUAAAGAUACAAUAAAAAAUGGUGUUGCUUGUUUUUUUCAUAAUGGAUGCUACCUGAGAAAAGAUGCUAUAGCUGCCAGUAUUCAAAAGAUUAAAGAAAUAUUGCAUUGGUUUGAGAACCAGAAGCAGCUUAACUUUUAUGCAAGUUCUUUACUAUUUGUCUAUGAUGGUUUGUAUCCGAUGACAACUACAUGGUUAAAUGAUGGCGGUCUAGUUGAGAAGGGAAGAGUGCCCAAGGGACAAGUGCCAAGUGGAGGUACAUUGGAAUAUAAUAAUAACAUGCACGUUAUCAGUUCUACAGAAAAUGGCAAAGUAGAGACCUCUGUAGGCAAAGGCUUCUCUAAAAUGUAUGCACUUCACAAAAGGCACCAGAGUCAAAUUUCUCUUAAAGUUGAAACUGUGGAGCAAAACAACGUAUGGAAGAGCAGUACUAGCCUUUCACAGGAACAUCUGAAUGGAAAUGUUAUACCUCAGCUGGAAAAAGUUUUCUGCCACAUGCCUGCUAUGCUGCCAGAAAGUGUGGAGGUUGAAGUCAGAAUGAUAGAUUUUGCGCACGUGUUCCCCAGCAACACACAAGAUGAGGGCUAUAUUCAUGGUCUGAAGAAUUUAAUUACUGUCCUUCAAAAUAUUUUAGAUACUUAAUUUUUUCCCUAUGAUUUCUACUGGGGGCCAAUUAUAAUGAAAAGCAACAACAUUUCUGCACUUGUGAUUCUGUUAUGUUGGUUUGUUAUUGUUCUACAUUUUACUUGUCUUUGUACUUGGGGUAGGAUGAUCAAGUAUUUUAUAAUCUUACUCAGGAAAAUUCUGUAGUUUCUUACAGUUUAGUCAGAGUAGUUAAUGAAAUUUAACUGGUAGUUGUAGGAACUUGCAUUUAACUAACGAAGCUUAGCUGAAAUUGUGGGAAAACUUGUAUCAGAUAAAAUGAUUGAGCUUUCUUGUAUCGUUAAAUGUUUUAGCUUAAUCACAGUCUGUUCAUGCAGCCAGAACACUGAGCCAUAUAUCUAAAUAACGGGUUAUUGGAAGAAUAUUAGGAUAUUAUCCUUGGGUCUUUACCACAUCUUUAAAACUGGAGUAAUUCUAUUUAUUUCUAAGGGAUAAAUGCUUAGAAAUCUGUAUUCUAAUUGAACCAGCAUUUUUUAGUGAGAUGUGAAUUUACUGGUGCAUUCUUAAAACUGGUCAGUUGUGUUCAUCUUUUCAUGGCUGAACUUAAAGGUAUACUCCUACAGUGUAAUUAAUAUGUAAGUGCUAUUGAAAAGUUUUUCAAAAAUUGUGAAAUGGGAGGUGUCAGCCAUGUAAAGAUGUAAAAUGCUGUUUUGAAAAGUUUGUGUUAGAGGCUCUUUUUCGUUUAUAAGAUUUAUCUUAAGGUAAUCAACUAGGGCUGGGUUUCGACAUUGCAGAAAAGCAGCAAAAGAGAAUGUACAAGUGAGUCCACAUUGUCUGAAGCCAGUUAGUAAAGUAAGAUGGUACUGUGACCAUUUUUUGGUGUGGGCAAUUUUGUUGAAUUGCACACUCAGUAGCAAAGACAGUUUCAACAGGAUGCAGUUGGAGAAAGUGUCUGAAGAGCUCUCCAGUUUCUCAUGUUACAUCCUCUUGAAGUCAUCUCAUCCAAGGAAUGUCUGAUCAUUGUAAGUAAAUCCAUGCCAAAGAAUGACCAUUAUGCUAUCUUUUGGGAAAGAGUAUUCAAAAUUACCAAGUUGUUUAUGGCCAGAAUAAAGCCUGGUUCAGACAUAAUGCUAAACCAUGAUGAAGAUGAGCAGGUGUGUGCUGCAGAGUCGUACCUCCCUGGGCUGUUUGGUGAGGAAGGGUGGGAUAAGGCAAAUAAAUCAAGAAAUGUGCUUCACUUUUCUGUAUGAGUAGAGAAUGUUUGUUCAAAAAUGCGAAUGGAAGCUUUAAACCACAGUACUUAAGUCUGAAUACAAAACUCUGGUUUGUUAAAACUGAAUUAGUAGCACUGUAGCUUCAUAUCAUAGUUUGAACAAGUCACGAUUUACCUCUAUUGAGACAUAAUUGGAAACUCUCAUUUUGGAACAAACCACAAACAGAAACUUUAACGCCUUCUUGUGCGUGAAGGGGAGGGGAGAGUGUGAGUCCAAGGCUCGGGUCUGCUUGUUCUCUUAGCAUUAUGUUUGAAAUGGGUCUUAUUAUUGGGCCAAUAUUGGGCUGGUGUAAGAGCACUUCUGGCAGCUUCCAUUAACAUUAAAAAAAGCAGGAAGGAAACUAGAAUGACAUUGCAAUGUUUACUACAUGACAACUCACAGCAACUCUCAUGGGCAUGUUUCAGAAUAUCUUUGGCAUAGAAUUGCUUGUAGGAAAAUCCGGUGAUACGGGGCAGAAAAAUGUACUAAUCAGAAAAAUUUCUGGAAAAUCUUAGUGCUUUAUUUUUCCAUGGAAAUUUUUCCUUUUCAUAAGCUUAUUAGUAGUAAUGAGUGGAUGCCAGCUGUACAUACAGUAUCAGGCAAGCUUAGCAAUUACAAAGUUUUUAGCUUUGUUUACUAAAUACAAGUAAAAUACAUGCUACAUUUGAUCAGAAUUUUUUCCAAUUCAAAAUUUCCCGGGAAACCCACACCUCUGGAAAAAGCUUUGUAAUCAGAAGUCCCAUUUUCUAAUUGUGGUGUCAAGGAGAACAGUUUGCUUGAGUUCAAACUGUAUCAAGAACUAGAGGCAACCUAUCACUUAGCAGGCAGAGUUAAUGGAAACACGAAGUCCCAGCAGUGUUGUAAGGGAAUUAUGCAAAUAUACACUUGCCCUUUCCUGCAUUUAAUUUUCUCAACAUUUAGAACAAAAGCCAGAAUUCCAGGUUUAAUUUCAGUGUUCUGCUAAUACUGAGUCAUUAAAUGGUGUCUUGUAUGCUAAUUGGACAUAAGACAUUAUCAAAGAAUUGUGUUUCACUUACUAAGGUUCACUGAAAUACUGAUUUUAAGUGGAAGCCAAAUGUGGUAAUAUGAUAAACUUAAAUUUUUAGUUUAUAUUUCAAGUGUGUUGAUAUCGAAACAAAUGCUGUAUUGAUAAGCAGUUUUAAUAUAGGUUAUAAAGUGAGCCUUAACUAAUAAAAGCUAGUGUCAGAUAUUCAAAGGUGAUGCCUACCAUCUUUAAGAGUGAUUAGGAGAAUUCAGUGUUCUGUGAACUAAUUUAAACAAUAUUCUGGAAAAAGUUACACUGUUUUUUCCUAAUAAGCUGUCUUUGUCAUGGGUAGCUUUUUUUAUAGUAGCCUAUGUUUUCACUGGCAGUUUUUUGUUCAACGCAGAAUAUUUACACAGACGUAUGUAAUAUACAGGAAUAUCUAAUGUAGGCAGGUGUCUUUGCUUUCUUGUCCUGUGCCAGUGGAAAUGUCAUUGCACAUCUGUAAGGCAGUAGCCUGUAUGCUCUGUAGUAUAAAUAUUGUAAUUGUUCAUUUCUCUGCUGCUUACCAUCUUUGAUAUAACUACAACAUUGUUGGAUCAUCUUACAGAAAACAGUCCUGUCUAAUUUUCAGUUUUUAUAGGUGCAAUCAUUACAGAACUCCUAUUUUCAUUCUGUUUGGAAUAUAAGACUACUUUAUACUAGAAGCUGGGUGUAGCUAAAAGUGACCCUCGAGCUUAGACUAAAUUCAGUAAACAGUAAAUUCAGAAAUUAAUGUUUUCUGACUUUCACUGGUGAACAGAAAGGAGAAUAAAAACUCAAAAUGGGAUAGUAUACUUUCCUUUACCUUAGUGUGCUUUCUAUGCCCAUUAUUUAUGAGCUGAUUCCAUCAUUUCCAUUUACUGUGCGUCGGAAGCCUUGCAGAGUGAUCCUUUAAUAGCAUAAGCUUGGACAUAUAAUUGUGAAAGGUCUUAUUUCAAAGAUUUCCUGAUCCUAUAUCUUCUUUGAGUAAGUUGGAUGUGCACAAGGAUUUUUGAUGCAUGCAGAGUCUACCAUAUUCACCUAAUGAAGAGGGCAACUUUAUAUGUGCAGAACAGAUAUGCCUACCUCUGAUUGAAGUGAAUAUGAAAACCUGCAUAUCGUGAGAAUUUGGUGUAUGUAUCAGAACACCUGUAAAGCUUGAAAUUGGAGCCCCUGUAUGGAAUAAGGAGUAUUUCAAAAUCUGUGUGUCUUUGGAAGGAAGAAUGACUAAGGAAAACUAUUUUUGCAGAUCCCAUACAUUACAUACCAUUCCAUAUGAGAUGCUUACAUUUUAGGAAAGACUAUUUUCACUUAAUUUGUGGAUCAAACCAACAGUUUGGCAGAUUGCAGCUAGAUCCUAUCAGCGCCUACUUGGAACGAAGUCUCAAUGAGUUUUGUGGGUAUUCCUUAAUAAGUAUGCAUAGGAUUGUGGCCUUAGUUUGCUAUAGUAGAACUGAAUAAGAUUUACUUAUGAAUGUGAUUGGUUGUCACUUAGAGUGCAAAAUGCUGCACAGAUUUUGAGAGAAACAUAUUUCAGUAUUAGAUACUAAUUGAAGGAAUUAAUUAAAAGGGCACAACCACUAUAGGUCUUGAGCCUAACCCAUUCUAAAUUGCUUUGUAGUGCCCUUUUAAAGGACUGCAGCUAAUCUAAAAACACUGCUUUCUGCCUAUUCAUAUUAGCUAUCUUAAAUUAUUUUUAUGGUUUACACUAUUUGCAAUAACUGUCCUUGCUGAGUGCCUUCUGCUUCAGUUUUGGUACCUUUUAAAUGACCUCGCAUAGCAUCUAAUGUGAUGUAAUGCAAUGUUUAAGGGAGAGUUUAACUACAUUGAUGAUGUCCCAUUACUGUUAAGAGAGUAUUGCUUCAAUAUUUAUCUUCUGUUGAUCCUAAAGCCUCCCAUUCCCACCCCAAACUCAAAUGUGUCUCCUAAGGGAUUUUGUCUGGCUCUCCAGUUACCAAAUAAGAAGCCAAAAAAAUUGAGAAGGUGUGGCAUCUAUUGCAACAGGGCUUGGAAACCGGGCAUUUUUAAGGGGUGGGAAUUGUGGCUUUGGGUUGCCCACCCCUUAUCCCUUCUUGAGUGGCCCUACCUCAAAACUAGUUGCUCACUGGGGGCAUAUUGCCUUCACUAAAAACAAACAAACUGGGGAUUUAAUAAACAAUCACAUGCAUCCAUGUGCCUUGUUGGUACUCAAAAGAAGCAAUGAAUUAGAAUUUCUGAAAAGAGGGACCUCAUCUGUGUGGUUGUGAACCGGUCCUUAGGGUGUUUGAAACUAACUAUAUGUGAAUCUCUUUGAAGUGGACCUUCUGUAGCAUAACGUAUGGAAACAAAUUUGAAUAUUUAAGAUUUCAGAUUGUAGAGGCUAAAGUAGGCAGCAGUAAAUAAUUUACUCACUGAAAGUGUAACUUUUUGUAGAUUGUGUCCCAAAUCCUUACAUUCAAUUUUGGUUUGCCUGUUUUCUAUGUACUGCUCAUGCCGAUAAAUCAUUGAAUUGGAACAUAGAAUGAUGAACUCAUUCAGCUGUGAAAUACUAUUCCAUUACAUGUCUAUGAGCUAAAUACUGCACAUUUGUAAUUGUUCAUAGCAGUUUUGUUAGCUGAAGUUAAUGCACAUUUAAAACUUGCAUACUAUGAAUGUUUCUACUAACUUUGCUCGAUAACAAUUCUGACCAGUUUUUAAUAUAGGUAUAGAAAAUUAAUUUUUGUUUGCCAUACUUUUAGAGAAGUGACUCCUGUAUAUUUAGAGUUUAUCAUUGUGUUGAUAAUCUUUAUAUGAAAUCCAGCAACAAGAAAGAGAAGCAACAGUGAUUUGGGGAACAAAUGAACAUUUACACACAUUGUCUAAAUCAUUGUCUGAAUAUGCUUUUGAAAUCUGUAUAAAUGUUGGCACUGGAUAAAAAAAUCUGAACUGGCUGAACUGACUUUGUACUAAAAUGUCCAAAUAUUAUUAUAUUGCACAUCUGAAUAUGAAUGAAACCAGAGUGCACAUAAGCACUUUAAUAGUCUGGGAAACUGUACUGGAAAAUAUGUGGAAGCAUGUGAAAUUGCACCUAGAGCUGGAUUAACUGAUGGUUUGGGUGGGAGGAGGGGGGAAUUUUACAGCUUAAAUGUAUUGUAUAUGAAUGAAUGAAUGUAGUCUGAUCUCAUUUUCUCUGGCUCAAAAGUUCAAAAUUGUGUUGUGCAAUGUCCUUUGUUUGGUUUUUGUGUGUUUGACUAUAAAUGAUACUGUGGGGAGACUGUUGUUGGACUGCAGAGGUAUGUAGGUUAUUUUAUAGUAAAAAUCUAUUAUGCUGUAUACCAAUUCUUUUGUAAUUUAUGUGAUAUUUAGGUAAUUCUAAUAGCUGUAUAUUGGG